AUGGGUCGAGGGGAUCCUUACUACCAUAGCGUUGCUGCGAACCCCUCUUUCGCUGGUCAUGGGACAUGGGUGUCCCUCACGGCCCCAGCGGACAAACAAGAAGUCUCAUCCCCGACGAUCACCAUGGCCAGUGACUGCGACCUAGGGAUAUAG